AAAAAAAAUUUCUUUAUAAAAUCAACGAAAAAAAAAAAAUCCUUAUUAAACGAAAAACUUUUUUUGAAAAAAAAAAUCAUGCCUCGCCAAAUUACAAAACGUGCAAGAACCGUCGAAUCUCGUAAAAAGGAUCUUUUGAUUGAUAAUAAUAUUCAACCUCCGCCCGUAAUUAAGGUCCCAUGCCCCCCUAUCGUUACCUGUGACGAUUUUGUUCGUAACAGACCAAAAGCCAAAGUGGACAUUAAAAGUCCAAACUCUUUCUUCGUGUAUAGAACAGCCUUCGUCAAACAAUUGUUGUCUGAAAAUCACAAAUUUAAAAUGACUCAAGUUUCCAAGUGGGCUAGUAUUUACUGGCGAAAAGAAAGUGAUAAAACGAAAAUGGCAUAUAAAGAUAUGGCACAAAUAAUUGAUAAGGAAUUUCAAGAGAGAAGAAAAAAAAUUAAAGGUUAUGAAAUCGUUUGCGAAAAUCAUUUAUAUUCAAAGCCUGAAGAAGUAAAACAAGUAAAACAGGAAGAAGAUAUCAAAGAAACCAUCAUCCAAAAACAACCAAUUAAAAAAGAUCAGAUGCCACUCGAAUUAAUAAAUUGGCACCAACAACAACGACAACAACGACAACAAAAGCAACAUCGACAACAACAGCAACAACAGUUGCAACGACAACAGCAGCCGCAACAACAAUUACUACAAUUACAACAGUCGGAACAAUCACAACAGACACAACAGCUACAACAGCUACAACAACAACAUUUUCAUCAGCAGCAGCCACAACAACAAUCGCAACCACAACUACAAAAUUAUUCAGAAUGUAUUGAUUUUUCCGCCGUUUCUCCUAAAUCCACAUCAUCUACUUAUAGUCCAAUUUGUCCAGCGAGUCCAGCGAGUCCAAUUAGUCCUUUCAUUAAAGACGAGUUUUCUCUUUCCGAAUUUCCAUCUAUUAAUGAAAAUUUUUACGAAUACAUUCCACUCGAAAAUAGUAUUUCUCCUAUUUGUGACUUCAACGAAAAAUUUAUUUGGAUAUCGAACGAUAGCAAUCCUGAAUAUUAUAACGCCCCUAUUUACGUAGAACCCACUUUUAAUGAAUAUUUACCACAGUAUUACUAUGAAUCUGAAAAAUAAACUUUUCUUCCGUAAUCACAAUAUCACAACUAUCACAACACAUUUUAAGUUAAAUAGUCCAUAAGGUAAUUAAGUUUUUCCGAAAAAAAAAAAGAAAAGAAAAAGAAAAAGAAAAAGUCAUCCAUCACACGUUUGAAAUUUGUGAUUCCAAUUUAUUUGUGAAGUUCUUUAUUAAAUUGAUUAUUGAAGCUGGUCACUGUCAAUGGUUGAA